AUGUCCUCGCCGAAGCGUACCGCCUCGCCACAACCAAGCAAUCCCGACGCGAAGCGGAUCCGACUGACUGUAAACCAAGGGGCGACACCAGUCGACCCUGACAAUGCUGCUGGAAAACGAAGCGAACUAGAACCCGUCCAAGGAGGAGACGUCGGGAAUCUUCCCCCGCCAGAUGCGCCUGCAAGUUCAAGCGAGCCUGCCUCAGCGGUCCCUGCGCGCUUGCUAAAGGGGGAAGGAGAAGAGGAUGGCGGAGACGUGUCCAUGGCGGAGGGCGGCGACGCGGGUGACGAGGAGGCAGAGUCAGCAGAUGAGAACGACGAGGAAGACCCCGCUCAGCUUGAGGCGACAAGGCUACGACUCGAGGACCAAGCACGAAAGUAUCUCGCUGCCCAGACGCACGAAGUCAUUAUACCCUCGUAUUCCGCUUGGUUCGACAUGUCCAAGAUACACCCAAUUGAGCGGCGUGCCCUUCCCGAAUACUUCAACUCUCGGCACCGAUCGAAAACGCCUUCGAUCUACAAAGACUACCGCGACUUCAUGGUCAACACAUACCGGCUGCGACCCACCGAGUAUCUCACUGUGACUGCGUGUCGCAGAAACCUCGCAGGAGACGUAUGCGCGAUCAUGCGGGUGCACGCGUUCCUCGAGCAAUGGGGCCUCAUCAACUACCAGAUCGACCCGGACCAACGGCCAGCUGCUCUGGCACCCCCCUUCACCGGCCACUUCCGUGUCAUUCUUGACACGCCACGGGGCCUCCAAUCCCUGCACCCAGGGACGAAGCCACCAAAUCCACCAAAUCCAGCCGGCGGUGCGCCCACCGUCAACGGCGCAGCGAAGCCAGCAUCGACCCCUACUCUCGCCUCCCUCGAGCUCCGCUCGUCUAUCUACCAGACCACCUCAAAAUCGUCACGCGAAGUGAGCGCAGGCGAAGCGAGCGCCCUCGCCAGCACCGCGAACGGACUUAACGGCGUCGAGCGGCAGAUAGCGGUCAAGUACCAAUGCGACACGUGUGGGGUCGACUGUACGGCGGAGCGGUACCACUCGCUCAAGCAGAAGAACUUUGAGCUCUGCCCGCCAUGCUAUCUCGACGGGCGCUUCCCCUCGACGAUGUUCAGCGGUGACUUUGUGAAGCUCACAGCCGCGUCGAACGCAGGCGGCCUACAACACGGGAGUGGCACUGGUGCGGACGACGACUGGACGGACCAGGAAAUCUUGCUCCUGCUCGAGGGUGUGGAGAUGUACGACGACGACUGGUCGGCAGUCGAGGAGCACGUCGGCUCGAGAUCUGCCCAGCAGUGCAUCCGCAAGUUCUUGCAGCUCCCGAUCGAGGACCCGUAUGUCCAGACGGAGGGUAACAUGGGCCCAUUGCGAUAUGCGCGGCUGCCCUUCGAGCAGGCGGACAACCCCGUCAUGAGCGUAGUCGCCUUCCUGGCUGGCGUGAUUAACCCUGGCGUUGCUGCGGAAGCAGCUAAGACAGCUCUCCACGCGCUCACCGAUGGCGAUAAGGAGGAGACGGAGGAGGGCAAGACGGAAGAGAAGCCUGCGGAGGGCGGAGAGACGGAGGUAGGGAAUUCGAGUGCCGAGAAGUUCAGCGAGGAUCGUAUGGACGAGGACGCGCCAAAAGAUACAUCUUCCGCUCAGCCUGGUGAAUCCACCGGCGGCGAGAAUUCAACGGCACAAGAGACGUCUGGAGACUCGAUGGUUGUCGACUCUGAGUCCGCACCGCCAAAACCCACUGCCACCCUUCCUCACUCGAAGGUGCAACGCGCAGCGGCUCUGGCACUCAAGUCGUCCGCGAAAGCAGCAAACGCGCUCGCAGACGCCGAGGACAAUCAGAUCAAGUCCACGAUCGCGACGCUGAUCAAGCUCACGCUGACCAAGCUCGAGCUGAAGAUGGCGCAGUUCGAGGAACUCGAGGAGCUGCUCGAGGACGAGCGGCGGAGUCUCGAAAGCGCACGGAUGGCGCUCGUCAGCGAGCGGGUCGGCCUGCGGAAGAUGCUCGAGAACGUGCGCUCUGAGCUCACAAAGAACGCGAACGGCGGCUCGCCUGCCAACCUCGUCGGUGCUGCCCAGCAGGCACAGACGGCCUUGGCUACGAACGGUCAAGGCGCGAGAGUUAACGAGGUGCCUGCUGGUACGCCUCUGGACGCCACCUCCGGUCCUAUCCCUGGUGGGAACGUCGCGCAGCUGAGUUGA